AAACUUAAUUACAUCUAAACAGGCAAUUUUUUUAUACCUUAUCAUAUUAUCUUCAACAGACUUUCUAUCUAUUCACAAAAAAAUCAAGAAAAAGCUGUUAAAAAUUGUGUGUUUAAAAAGCAUUCAAUACCGUAACAAAAAAACACAUAUGGAAGCAUUUCAUGUUGAUUAUAAUCGAAGACUCGAUAGUGAUCAAUUUUGGUGGUACAUUUUCGCUCAAGUUGAUGCUGAUCAUAAUGGAAAAUUAGAUAAAAAUGAAUUUAAAAACUAUAUGGAUAAAUAUAGUGCACAACUUCCAAGUAAAGAUGUAGAAAAAGUAUUUAAAUUUUGUGAUCUUAAUAAAAGUGGAACGAUUGAAUAUAAUGAAUUUAAAAAGUAUAUGAAAUGUGAAUGAUGAAUUAUGAUUCGUUUGUUUUAAAACAACAACAUUGAAUUGAAUAACCCGGACAAAUUAUGAUGUUUAUUCUUUUUUUUUAAAUUUUAAUACACUAUUUACAAUUAAUUUUUGUUUGAUUACAACAACAACAACAAAAAUAGCUUCCCGCCAAAAAUAUGUUUCAUUUUCAAUUUUUAUGUAAACAGUAUACAUUAAUUAAAGCAUCACUUAUACUACCUAUCUAAUGUAAUUGUAAUUAGUAAAGUUUAAUUUAAUAAUGAAUACAUUUUUUAUUACACAAUCAUUGAUAUGUGGAUGAUAAUGAAAUUUAGACACUCGAAACAUACAACAGCAUCAAGCUGAACAUUAUUGUUAGCAUAAUAGUUAAUAAUAAACGUUUGAUAUAUAUA